AUGGCUGCGGAAAAUGAAAACAUCGCGGUGGAUCCCGAUCUGCACCUGUCGCAAACGAAUAUUGCCGACGACUAUCAAUCCGAAACGACCUCACUCUCGUCCUCGAUCUAUCGAGGGCUUAUCGAGAAUGGACGCCGAUAUCAGACCAUGAGAGAAAACGAAUAUUGGAGCCCUGCCGAUGAACUGCAAUUCGAAAGCUUAGAGGCCGGUCAUGCCGUCGCCAUUGUGUUGGACUGCGAUCGGCCGAACCCACUAUUCCGAUCGCCCGUAGGGGGUUCACCAAAGAACAUUCUCGAUAUCGGAACCGGCAAUGGACUCUGGGCCAUUGAUUGCGCCGACAUGUUCCCUCAAACCACCGUUCGAGGUGUAGAUCUCUUUCCUCCGCCCGUAACAUGGAUGCCUCCGAACUGCAUCUUGGAGGUUGAUGACGUUUUGCGCGAGUGGACUUGGCGUGAACCGUUCGACUUCAUCCACUUGCGCAUCAUGCUCGGAUCAUUUACAGCAGAAGAGUGGCACAGCGUCUACCAAAAAUGCUAUGAGAACCUCAAGCCAGGCGGUUGGAUUGAACAGCUCGAGUUGGACGCCCACCUGGAGUCCGAUGAUAACAGCAUUCCCGCAGGAAGCAUGGCUGAGACCUGGGGGGAUACCACAUUCGGCUGCGCAAAUAGAUCCGGUCGCGGUAUCGACACGAUCAACACAAUGCGUGACUCAAUCGAGCGUGUUGGAUUCAUCAAUAUCCACGAGAAAGCAUAUAAAUGGCCCAUUGGGGUUUGGCCCAAGGACAAGCAGCUCAAGGAAGCUGGUUUGAUGAACUAUCACAUGUGGUCUGCAGGCCUAGAAGGAUGGGGAAUGUGGCUUCUCACCAAAUUCGGCGCGCCUAAUCCCUGGCCUCCGGAACAAGUCCAAGCUUACGUGGGCAAGAUUCGGUCGGAGUUGAAGAAUCCAAACACUCACGCCUACCAACGAGCAAAACGUGUCUGGGCUAGGAAGCCGUUGGAUGACGAGCUGAGACGGCCCAAACCAGAGCCAUUGUAA